AUGCAAAAGCCAUUACCAGAGUUGCUAAAGGAGUAUGAUCUACCAAUUGGAAUCUUUCCUCGUGAUGCAACAAACUAUGAAUUCAAUGAAGAGACUAGGAAGCUCAUCGUUUACAUUCCUCAGGUAUGUGAAGUAGGCUACAAGGAUUCAUCAGUCUUGCGUUUCUUCACCACUGUGACCUGUUAUUUGGAGAAAGGAAAGCUAGCAGAGAUAGAAGGAAUGAAGACAAAAGUGUUGAUCUGGGUGAAAGUGACAACCAUUAUGUCAGAGGGAUCAAAACUUUAUGUGACAGCUGGCAUGAAGAAAACAAGGAGUAGGGAAGCAUAUGAGUUUACAAGAGAUGGUGUAUGCGUAGAUAAGUUCUAA